ACUAAGACCCCAAUCAUGUCGUCGUCCCUCUCAUUUCUUGCAACCACAGCCUCUCCCUUCCACCACCACCAUUCCCGCCACCCUCGAAAAGCUGUUCGAGCAGCCACUUACUUUUCUCCCUCAGCCUCUGGCGCUAGUACUAAUGCUACUAAUGCUAGUGCAUGUGAUAAUGGUGGCGACAAAGAAUCCAUUCUGAGGUUGGACAGAAGAAAUGUUCUCCUUGGAACGUUGGGAGGUCUGUAUGGUGCUGCCAACCUCAGCCGCAAGAAUACCGCCUUCGCUGCUCCGUUACAACCACCAGACCUAUCCAAGUGCCACACCGCCAAUGCUGGAUCAGAAGAGGACCCGUCACCGGUUAAGUGCUGCCCGCCUUACACCGACAACAGCAAGAUCGUCGAUUACAAGUUCCCGUCAUCUUCCACGCCACUGCGCAUUAGGAAACCCGCACACCUGUUGGAUGGUGAUGACCUGGCCAAGUACAAGGAAGCCUAUAAACGCAUGAGAGCGCUCGAUUCAUCCGACCCUUGGAGCUUGGAGCAGCAGGCCAAGGUGCACUGCCAGUACUGCAAUGAAGCGUACGACCAGGUGGGGUUCGACGUCCCGAUGCAAGUCCACUUCAACUGGAUUUUCCUGCCGUGGCACCGCUACUACAUCCACUUCCAUGAGAGGAUCCUCGGGAAGCUGAUCGGUGACGAGACAUUCGCCCUCCCAUUCUGGAACUGGGACUCGCCUGACGGAAUGACGAUCCCGCCCAUUUUUCUAAAAGAGGGGCCGCUCAACGACGAGUUGCGCAACCCGGCUAACCUAUCGAAGGUGCUGGACUACCAAUACAGCCCUACAACUGAGAGCCCGCACACCGACGAUGAACUGAAGAGGAAGAACCUGAAUGAGAUGAACAAGACAUUUAGGGAGUCUCUGCCGCUGCCGGAGCUGUUCUUGGGAGAUCGGGUGAGGGCAGGGGAGGAGGCCUCCAUGGGAAAGACGAUGGGGCGGAUUGAGACGAUACAUAACGCGAUGCACCAGUUCGUAGGGCUGUCCGAGUUUCCAAACUCGAACAUGGGCAACUUCUCCACGGCGGGUUACGACCCACUUUUCUACUGCCACCAUUCGAACGUGGACAGGAUGUGGCACAUCUAUAGGCAGAGGCGAGGAAACCAGGUCGACUUCAACGAUACCGACUGGCUCAACUCAUCCUUCAUCUUCUACGACGAGAACAAACAGUUGGUCAAAGUCAAGGUGGAAGACUGUCUCAAUCCGCAGAAACUCCGGUACACCUAUGAAGACGUGGAACUUCCAUGGGCUAAUAGCAGCAUCAAGAAAGAGCAGAAGGCCAAGGCCAAACCCAGAUCCAGAGUCUCGUUGGUCCAGGUAUCCGAGUUCGGACCCGACCCAAGACCCCUGGAUUCGACCAUUCGGGCCCUUGUGCAGAGGCCCAAGAAGUCCCGAACCGUGAGCGAGAAAGAGGAUGAGGUGGAGGUCCUCGUGAUUGACGGCAUAGAGAUCCCCCACAAUGGACCCGUCACGUUUGAGGUGUACGUGGCAGCCCCUUAUGGAGGGGAUUUUGUGGGACCUGACCCAGGAGAGUCUGCAGGGAGCUUUAUGAAACUGCCCCACUUCCAUAUUCAUAAAAAGGGUGAUGCAGAGAAAAAUAAAUUCAGCCUGAAGUUGGGUAUAUCGAAGUUGAUAGAAGAUAUUGAUGCUGAAGGCUCAGAGAAAGUGGUUGUGAGCUUGGUCCCAAAAGUCGGGGAAGUCAACAUUGGCGGGAUCCACAUCGAUCUUAUCAAGACUGAUUGGACGGCUUAGAUAAGACUACUUGCGACUGUAGUGGGAAUGGGACCCACCAUCUCACUCCCACUUCCCUUUGAUUACUAUCGUUGUGGUAAGAUUAAGGUUACGUCAGUAAUAAAGAGCUUGACUUAAAGAUUCAUGACUCGGUGACUCGGAUUGACUCAUUUGGUCCUGAGUCGAGUUGAGACUGGCCAAGCAUCAGGACAGUCGCCCUUUAAUUUCCAUCAUGCAUGAACCGUAGCACUGAACAAGAGUUCAAGCUGAUUUGGACGAGUCGACAAUAGCUGGUUGAUAUUACGAUCUGUUUUUCAUAGGGCUGUGUUGGUGUGUAUGUGUAUGUAUGUGUAUGAGCUUAUGUGACCGUACUGCAGGAAUGCCCUGCAGACAGUACCAUAUGCAAGUUGUCAUGUCUGCUUACAUUUUCUAAUAAUAA